UUACCUUUUUAGUUGUGGGAGGUUAUAUUGAUGUUUUGUAGUUAGGUUAAGUAUUGCUAAGUGUGUAUUAUUGAUAAAAAAAAAAUCACAUAUUACUGGAAAGGGUAUAAUUUUUCACUGCAUUUUACUGUAAAUAUGUGUGUCUUCUCAGUCAAAUGCAGAAAUGUCAGGGCACAACUUCAAAAAUAUGUUAGCAGUUUUUAACCAUUUUCACAUUUCAAAAUUAGGUAGAAAUAGUGGCUGAAGUUUUAUUCCAUAUCGCUCUAAGUACAAUAUCAAAACUCGUAUUUAUUAAUAAAUAUAAUAUUACUAUUCAUGUUUGUAUAGUAUCUACUAAAUAAAUCUAGCAUUAGAUAAUAUAAUAAAAAGGAAAAUUAAACCAUUAUUUAAACAUGUAUUAUUCCUCAAAACCAACACCACUAUUCAAGAUAUUGUCUGAGUCAUGUAAUAAGUGUUUUAAACAUACAGCAGCAAAAAAAGUAAUCAACAAUGAAAAAAAGAAGUACUCGCAUACAGUUUUGCUCCCAAAAACAGAAUUUCCACUAUGGUUAAGCGGUUUCAAAAGAGUAGAACAAGAUGAGAAGAUUAUAAAAGAAUGUGGCUUUGCUGAAUUGUACGAGUGGCAGCGUAAACAUGUGAGUGGGCCUGAGUUUGUGCUACACGAUGGCCCUCCAUACGCCAACGGUGUGCCUCAUAUGGGUCAUGCUAUAAACAAGGUCCUGAAGGAUAUAACUACCAGACACAAACUGCUUCAAGGUCAUAAGAUACACUACAAGCCUGGGUGGGACUGUCAUGGAUUGCCGAUAGAGUUGAAGGCUAUGGCAGGACAAGAUGUAAUGUCUCUGUCACCUCUCGCUGUACGAGCACAAGCUCGAAAGUUUGCCAAAGAAGCGAUAAGAGACCAGAAAGCUGUGUUCCGCUCUUGGGGCGUGAUGGCCGACUGGGAGGAUGGCUGCUAUUUCACAUUUGACAAGGCAUAUGUGAAAAAUCAGCUACAACAGUUUUACAAACUUUAUGAACAGGGGCUAAUCUACAGAGAUGUGAAGCCGGUGUACUGGUCCCCAUCUUCCAGGACGGCUCUGGCCGAGUCAGAACUAGAGUACAAAGAAGACCACGAGAGUACUUCAGCACAUGUCCGCAUGCGCGUGGUGGGAGGCCCUGCCACUUGGAGGGAUGAGGUGUAUGCUCUAGUGUGGACCACCACCCCCUGGACGCUGCCUGCCAACCAGGCUAUAGCCUACAGCCCUAACCUAGCCUACUGUCUAGUCACGAUGGAAGGGGAGUCGAGCCGCUACAUCGUGGCGAGUACCCUGGCUGAUCGACUGGCAACCAUACUCGGCAAACGCCUCACCACGGUCAGAGAGAUCACCGCCAGUGAGCUGUCAUCUUUGCGGUAUGAACACCCUCUGCGAGAUGAUGAAACUCUGCCAUUCCUGCCUAGUGAGCAUGUGACGGCGGACAAGGGCACGGGGUUGGUCCACACAGCUCCAGCCCAUGGUCCUGAUGACUUCAAACUUGGCAAGAUAAACAACUUGCCUGUUACGUGCCUGGUGGACGAGGGAGGAAUGUACACGGAGGAAGCAGGACCGAAACUGGCCGGGUUAGCAGUGUUAACGACAGGCUGUGAGCGAGUGUUGCAACUCUGUCGGAACCGCCGUGCGUUGGUACACGUGGACACUCUUAGACACUCAUAUCCGUACGACUGGCGCAGCGGACUCCCCGUCAUCCUGCGAGCCAGCCAUCAGUGGUUCCUGGACACUUCCCGCCUCAAGGGACAAGUGCUCGAAGCGCUAAAAGGUGUCAGUAUCGUGCCGGAUCGUGGAGAGGCCGGUCUCGUGGCCCAGAUACAGACAAGACCAUUCUGGUGCAUCUCCCGACAGCGAGUGUGGGGUGUCCCUGUACCUGUACUAUACACUUCCUCCGGCCAGCCUAUCAUCUCCCAAGACCUAAUUAACCACUACUGCCAACUGUUGGACUCAGAAGGUGACGAUUUCUGGUGGAGCAGUUCUCUUUCGAAGUUAGCUCCAACACAUCUUCUUGACAAACAGAAUGUUGAGACUACUGGCGUUGAAAGGGGUCAGGAUAUCUUGGACAUCUGGCUGGACAGUGGGCUCUCGUGGUCUGGUGUGUUGGACUCCCCUACAGCUGAUCUCUACUUGGAGGGAGUUGACCAGUUCAAUGGUUGGUUCCAAUCUUCCCUCAUCACCUCUGUGGCUCUGCAGGGCACAUCACCUUACAAGACAGUAUUUGUACACGGGUUUGCUGUUGAUGGGGAUGGAGUGAAGAUGUCCAAGUCCCUUGGGAACGUUGUGAACCCCCAGACUAUCGUGCGUGGGGGCGCAGACAACAAACAGCAGCCAGCUUACGGAGUCGAUACAUUAAGGUGGUGGGUGGCUGCUCAUGCCACUCAGCAGUCUAGUGUCCCUGUGAGUACAACCACACUUGCAGACAGCAAGGCCUCAGUGCAACGCCUGCGCUCUGUCCUCAGGUUCCUUCUAGGGGGUGUACACUCACUGCCCUCUACUGUAGAACCUCCUGUACUAUGUCAUCUGGACCGAUACAUGCUACACUGUCUGUACCACUUGGAGUCUCAAGUGAAAGAGCUGUACAACACUUUCCUGUAUAACAAGGUCUGCUUCACGCUUAACACAUUUGUUGCCAACGAGGUGUCGUCCUUCUACUGCCAUCUCACCAAGGAUCGACUGUACUGCGAUGCUGAGGACUCCAACAACCGCAGAGCUGUCCAGUGGACUCUAUACCACACAUUGAUUACCCUGACCAGGUUGGUGGCGCCUGUUGCACCUGUCUUAGCCGAGGAGGUCUACAGCUAUCUUCCUCUUAAAGAAAGUGAUUAUUUGUUCCAUAAGACUGGUCCCUGGGCUCGCCCACAGUGGGACAAUCCUCCAGUGGCUGCCCUGAUACAGCAGGUGCUGGACAUCAAGCAACAGGUGGGGAGACUCUCCCCUCUCAACUGUAACAACUGGGAGCUGGCCGCAGUGGUGUCUGCUGCCUCCCCACAUUGGGAGCAACUCAAGGUAUUGCAGGAACAGGAGGAGAGCUGUGACUCAGAGUUAGCUGAGAUACUGCAGGUAUCACAUGUGACGCUGCACCAUGUGGAUAGUGGCGAGGGGGUGGAAGUGAAGGUGGGGCUGGCAGGACCCUCACUGUGUGAGCGCUGCCGCAGACACACUGCCCCCGCCCCCGACCAGCCGUGUCCUCGCUGUACUCAAGUGUUGGCCAAUCUCCAGUAAUUUGUACAUAUAAACAUUUUCAGUUUA